AAAUUAAAUUUUUUAAGAUUAAAUUAUUAAAUUUAAUUUAAUCUAUUUGUGGCUGCAGCUAUAAUAGGUCUAUGAUAAUAUGAGAUAUUAUCCAUGUUCUUAUCUGUUAUCAAAUUUACACAAAACCAAAAUCCUGGUGGGUAUGGUUAUAGGUAUUUAACUUUUAAACAAACAUUGAAGAACAUUGCAUUUAUUUUAUUCUUAUUUGUCGCUCGUUUAGAUUUGUACAUCAUAAAUUGCUAAAUAAAGUUUACUAAAUUUUGAUAUUUUAGAUGAUAAAUAAUGGAAAUUACAUAGUUAAUCAUAUAUUAAAUUUAAAAACGUCAAACACUUGAAACAUGAUGUGUAUUUUCAAUAUUUAAUUUAUACUUAAUAAGUACUGUCUGAAAUAUUUAAGUUACAAACUGUCUGGCUACAGAAAUAAUAAAAGGCAAUAUUUAUUUAUAACAAAAUGUAUCCAACUCCGUGGACUACUUCUGUUCCACCGCCUACAUCUACCAAGCCAGUAGUUAACAGUUAUGAAAAAAAUAUGCAAUCAUAUCCAUUUUUUGGUGCAAAUACUAUGCAAAAUGUUUCUAUGAAUCAGCCACUUCAACCAAAUGCUAUAGAUCCUGCUAUGGUACAAAAGUGGCAAGAAUGGAAAAGAUGGGAGGUAUGGCAACAACAAUUUCAACAAUGGCAACAACAGACUGGACAAAUUUCUUCUGCAACUACACAACCAGUUCCUCCUCCAAUGCCUCCAAGUCAGUUAUUACAACAAUCACAGCCCCCUCCAAUCACAUUUCAAAGUCAACAAUAUUCUUAUCAUCAACCAGGACCACCUUUACCAGUAUCUAAUCAAUCUCCUCAACAAAAAACUACAAAUAAUGAAGUUGGAAUGAAACGAGAAUUGGAAUCUGAAUUUCAAAGUGAAAAAAAAAUAAAAAUUGAUACAGCUAACAACAAAAAAGAAAUUGAAUUAAGUGAUGAAACUGAAGCUUUAUUUGAAGAACAGUUUAAAUCAUGGGAAGAACAAUUUCUUAAAUGGAAAGAACAAAAUAAAAAUCAUCCAGAUAAAGUUCAGUAUUUAGAGUAUGAAAAAAAAUGGAUAAAUUGGCGAGAUCAUUUAAAACAGAAGUGUGAAGUAUUAAAAAAAAAGAGAGAAUUAAAAUUAGUUGAAAAAAAGAAAGAAGCUACUCUAGUGGAAGAAAAUAAAUUACAACCUCAGCAAAGAUUAGAUUACAAUUGUAUGAUGCCAAGUAUUACUAAUUUAACUAAUGAACCACCUCCUGGACCACCACCUUCGUUGCAGAAAUCACAUAAUAAUUUGAUGACACCUUCAAAAUCAGAAAAUCAAAUACCUGGAUUGGAUUUAGCUAGUAAUAAUGAAAAUUCAUCAAAGGGAUUUCCAAAUGUAUCAAUGAUUCUUCCACAAAAUCAAAUUAGACCAAUUCAAACACCAGAUGACAAGCCAUUUAAUUUUCCCAAAAGUAUUGCGAACCCUUCAACAUUAAACUCACAUCAAAUUAAUAUACCUCAUAACAAAAUAAAUCAACCACCUAUAUCUAUGUACCAAAAUUCUUCUAAUUGGUCAAAUUAUACUAAUUCCGUGACUUAUCAAAAUCAAUUACCAUCAGAUGUUGAUAAAAGUUCAAUAUCUAGCUUUGCUCAACAAACUGAUAUUGAUUCUCGGCCACCAUAUGAUGGGGAUAAGCCUAAUUCAAAUUAUAAUAAUUUACAAAAUGCCGCUCCCAAUAAUACUUAUAGAAGACAAUUAAUGGAAGGAUCUUAUAAUAAAUUAUCAAACGAAAAUAACACACUGUAUAAUAAGCUCCCAGAUGAUCAGUCAUAUAAUAGAAAUUUUAAUACAUCAUCAAGUAACUUCCAUGGUUAUAAUCAAACAAAAGGAAAUGUCUCCGAUUUUAACAAUUUCAGCAAAUUACCAGAAAAUUCUAAUACUCCUUAUCAACAGUCAAAACUUUGUUUGAACACAGCAACUUCAAAGCCACCUUCUCUGUUGACCUUGAACUUAGUUAAACCCAUUGCACUUGAUAAACCGCCAAACUAUUUGGAAACUAAGAACGAUUCACCUGAUAGAUAUGACAGAAACUGGAAUGUUGAUGAAGAAGAUGAUCCAGAAAAUGAAUAUAUGGAGGCACAUAAAAAAUUUAGUUCAGAACCAUUUGAUGAUCAAAAUGAUGAAGAUGAACAGAUUUCAAAUAAUCAACACAGAAAUAUGUACAAUGAAAAUCAUUAUUCUAGAGAACAAUUAGAGACAAGACAUUUUAAUGAUGAUUAUUUAGGGCACUUAAGCCAAUCAAGAGAAUCUCAAAUCAUGAGAAAUACUGAAAAUAAAUUUGGCCGACAAAAUUCUCAAUUUUCUAGGAAUAUUAAUCAAAUUUAUUCUCAAGAAAUGUCACCAUUAAAAAACAAUGAAGACGAUUACUUUAAAUCUCAAAAUAAUUUAAGAAAUACAGAUCAAAGAUUUUCUAUGGAAACACCUCUUUCAAAUGAUAAUGUUGAAGAGUAUUCCAAUGAACUUUUUGAUAAAAAUAAUUUUAUUUCGCAAAAAGGUAAUUAUGAAAGAGAAAAUUAUGAAACAUCUAAAGAUAGACCUCCCUCAGUAGGAAAUUAUGAAUCAUCUAGAGGUGGACUAUCCUCAAGAGGUAAUUAUGAACUUAGAGGUGGGCUAUCCUCAAGAAGCAAUUAUGAAUCAUCUAGAUGUGAAAUAUUCUCAAGAGGCAAUUUUGACUCAUUUAGAGGUAGGCCAUCCUCAAGGGGAAAUUAUGACUCCUUUAGAGGUGGGCCACCUUCAAGAGGAAUUUCUUCUAGAGGGGUUCCUUUCUCAAGGGGACAUUUUAAUUCAUUCAGAGAUGGACCACCUUCAAGAGGGAAUUUUGGUAACAAUACUAAUAAAUCCAAUAUAGAAUGGGAUAAAAAUUAUACUAAAAGUGAAGAACCAAUUAAAGAUUUAAUAGUUCCCCUUACAACCUCAAAACAAUUAUAUGAAGAAGCGCAGCCUAUUGAUCCAGUUAAAAUAUUUGAUUAUCGUCAUUUACCUACAUUAAAAGUAAUUCCAGGGUUAUCAAACGAAACUGUGGUUCCCAUUAGAAUUUAUGAUUAUAAACAUGGAGGUAAACGCAUACUACCGUGGCAAGAUAGAGGUUACAGCAGAAGAAGUUCAAAUCAUUCAAGGGACCUAAAUGAAGAAAAAGAUUCUGUUCAAGAUCAGACUGGUGAUGAUUUACAUAAAAAUAAAGAAAAAUUAAUUAUGAAUCAAACAGUGUGCUCAAAUGAUAAAAUAGAAUCAAAUGUUGAAGACAAAAAAUCUAAUGAAAUUAUUGAAGAAACGCCUACUACAAUAGAUACUACAACAAUUUUGGUUGAAGAGAGGGAUAAGAAAAAAGAACUGCAGCCUGAUAUUGAGAUUAUUGAUAUGUGUACGCCAUCUCCGCCUAAAGUGACUAAAGUCCAUGAAAUUGAAAAAUCAUCUAAUCGACAGUUAUUAACCAUUGAAACAUUAUUAUGUCCACCUGGUCGACUUAAUAGACCUUCAAAAAUAGUUAUAAUACUAAGAGGUUUACCUGGUUCAGGAAAAUCACAUGUUGCAAAACUAAUCAAAGAGAAGGAACUAGCAAUGGGAGGUCAAGCUCCAAGAAUAUUAUCAUUAGAUGAUUAUUUCAUGACAGAAGUAACAAAAAUUGAAAUUGAUCCUGAAACUAAUAAAAAAGUGGAAAGAAAGGUUAUGGAAUAUGAACAUGAUUCUGCCAAUGAAAAUUUAUACCGAACAUCCUUUAUAAAAGCAUUUAAAAAAAAAAUUUUGGAAAAUUAUUUUUCAUUUUAUAUUAUUGAUGCCAUUAAUAAUAAAGUGUCAUAUUAUAAAGAAAUAAUAGAGAUUUCUCGAUUGAAUGGAUUUUCUGUCUAUAUAAUUGAAUUAGAAUCUGAUAUUGAUUUGUGUAUCAAACGUAAUAUUCAUAAUAGAACUGCUCAUGAUAUUAAUAGCAUAAUGAGAUCUUGGAUUAAGACACCUUCUGAUCAAAUACUGUUGGAUAUAAGGUCAUUACUUUCACCUUUAGAAAAUGAGAUGGAAAUGGAAGAUGUCUCAGAUAUUGAAAUGGAAGUGGACAAAGGUGAUGAAACCGUUGACGAAAGAAGUUCUGAAGAUAAUAGAAAUAUUGAAUUUGAGGAAGAGGACGUUAUGAAAUUAUUGUCUUGCAAAUGGACUGAUACCAUUCCACAAGAAGAAAAGAUGAAAAGAUUAGAUGGUCUAUGCAAGAAAAAACCAGAAAGCUCAAUUAAAGAAUGGCUGCAAAUACCUGAAGAUAAUUACUCUGUUAGUGAACAAGUAGUUGUAAAUGAUGGGAAAAAAAGGGUUCGUUGGGCUGAUAUGGAAGAACGGCGCGAACAAGAAAAAAUGCGUGCUAUAGGUUUUGUUGUUGGGCAAACAGAUUGGAAUCGGAUGUUAGGCCGAGAUCAAGAAAAAGAUUAUUGAAAAAUAUUUGGGACCUGACAAGUUCAAAGCCUGUCGCUGGGUGAAUAAGAUAAUCUUGACUGACUUUCGAACAUCUCCGGCACAAUAACCACGUAUUAAUUGUGCGUCGCACUUGCUCAGGUGUAUGCAAUUUGAAGAGUCAACAGCCAUGACUGUUAAGUAUGCCUAUCGGUGUCUUUUAAAUUAUGUUCCCAGUUAUAAUAAUUUAGUCUUAUUUUAAACCGUUUGCUUUAUUAUUUUUUUACAGCUAAAUUUUAAUUGUACCUACCAACUUAGUCUGUGAAUAUGUUUAUUUCUUGACACUUUAUGUUUAUUUUUAAGUAAAAAAAUAUUUGAUUUCUUAA